AUGCGGCCCGCGGACGCGGACGAGCGGCGAGGGCCCGAGCAGCCUUGCGGCCGCCCCCUGAACCCCGCGCGCGCCACCGCCCGCCGGGCCGUCGCCGCCCUCGAGCGCGAGCACGUGCGCGCGCACCUGCGGGCCCGCCGGAAGCUGCUGGAGGUCGCGAGCCUGCUGGACGAGCUUCAGAGCGAGGUGGACGCUUCAGCCGAGGGCGUCCUGGGUCCCGGCCGCCGGGCGGGCGGCGAGGCGGAGGAGCGGGUGCUGAAGCUGUGCGAGAAGGCGGAGAGGAAGGCCGCCGAGGCCGCGCUGAUGGGGCGGAGGAUCGUGGAGCUCCACCGGCAGAUAGAGAGCUGCGGGUGCUCCUGA